AUGUGCCAUCAACAACAAAAUGAGUUAUCUACAACAGAAGGUGCUAUCAACAACAGAAGGUGCUAUCAACAACAGAAGGUGCUAUCAACAACAGAAGGUGCUAUCAACAACAGAAUGAGUUAUCUACAACAGAAUGUGCUAUCAACAACAGAAUGUGCCAUCAACAACAAAAUGAGUUAUCUACAACAGAAGGUGCUAUCAACAACAGAAGGUGCUAUCAACAACAGAAGGUGCUAUCAACAACAGAAGAAGGUGCUAUCAACAACAGAAGGUGCUAUCAACAACAGAAGGAGCUAUCUACAACAGAAUGAGUUAUCUACAACAGAAGGUGCUAUCAACAACAGAAUGAGCUAUCUACAACAGAAGGUGCUAUCAACAACAGAAGGUGCUAUCAACAACAAAAUGAGUUAUCUACAACAGAAGGUGCUAUCAACAACAGAAGGUGCUAUGAACAACAGAAGAAGGUGCUAUCAACAACAGAAGGUGCUAUCAACAACAGAAGGUGCUAUUUACAACAGAAGGUGCUAUCUACAACAGAAGGUGCUAUCAACAACAGAAGGUGCUAUCAACAACAGAAUGUGCUAUCAACAACAGAAUGAGUUAUCUACAACAGAAGAUGCUAUCUACAACAGAAGGUGCUAUCAACAACAGAAGGUGCUAUCAACAACAGAAUGUGCUAUCAACAACAGAAUGAGUUAUCUACAACAGAAGAUGCUAUCUACAACAGAAGGUGCUAUCAACAACAGAAUGUGCUAUCAACAACAAAAUGAGUUAUCUACAACAGAAGAUGCUAUCAACAACAGAAG